UGAAUCGCCGUUUUUACAGAACCAGCGGAAAACCUAAACACAGAUCUGUAAAGGUUAAGUCGAUCUUCAUCAACUCUUCCUUGUAAGGAAAAGAUCUCAUACGAGGAAGAAGAAGAAGAUGACCUUAAUUUUAUCUGAGUGAAAUCUUAAAUUACCCAGAAAGAAGAAUGACGAACAGUUCGUCAUCGAAGAAACAAGCUCAAGAUCAGCCUGAAACUAGCGAACCAACUCUCAAAUCACUCAAAGCCAAAAUGACUAAAUCCGACGAAAAGAAGAAGCUUAAAGACAUUGAAAUAAGCGUUCCAAUUGUGUAUGGUAAUGUAGCAUUCUGGCUUGGCAAGAAGGCUAGUGAGUAUCAAUCACACAAGUGGGCAGUAUAUGUUCGAGGGGCAACAAAUGAAGAUAUCAGUGUUGUAGUAAAGAAAGUUGUAUUUCAGCUUCAUUCUAGUUUUAAUAACCCGACGAGAGUUAUCGAGGAGCCUCCAUUUGAGGUAUCGGAAUCUGGUUGGGGAGAAUUCGAGAUUGCGAUGACAUUGCAUUUCCACAGCGAUGUCUGCGAUAAGCCAUUGAGUUUAUAUCAUCAUUUAAAGUUAUACCCGGAAGAUGAAUCAGGUCCUUUGACAAUGAAGAAGCCUGUGGUUGUGGAAUCUUACGACGAGAUUGUGUUUCCUGAUCCUUCAGAAAGUUUUCUAUCUAGGGUUCAGAAUCAUCCGGCUUUGACAUUUCCAAGAUUACCCUCUGGUUACAACUUGCCUGCUCCUAUGCAAGUGGAGGAUACCGGCAAAAAGAAGAGAGGAGAUACGAAAGAUCAUAGUUUGGGACAAUGGUUCAUGAGUUUCUCUGAAGCAGAUGAGUUAUUACAGCUUGCGGCUGCUCGUCAACAGGUUCAAGCUCAUAUUGCGAAACUGAGGCGACAAAUAAGUUUGCUAGAGGGACAGAAUCAGACCGUGAAAACAGGGUCAGACCUGUGAAUCUGAUUCUGUAGCCAUCUUCCAUUGAGUUGGGAGAUUGGUAUGUUGUAACAUUACUGUGUAUUAGCAUAGAUUUCCAUUUAUCUUGUAUUAAUAAACAACAAAAAAAAGAUUAGUUUUAAUUUCUUAUUAUAGGCUCUCUCUCCUCUGUUCCAGUUUCAUAAACUCUUUUUAA